AUGUCCUCAACCAGCAACACAGCCCGUUCUGGAAACGUCCUUGUACUGCUCGAUCUCUACACCUCAGGGUUUGCUUCAUCCUCCGCCUCCCCAACAAUUCCAAUGCUUACCUCACUCACAAUGCAUACACUUUAUGCAAUUUCUUUGUUAAUUUAUUCAAUAAACUCGUUAUUCAAUUGGAUAUAUCUUUACAACCUUUUACAAGGAUUUUUGACUUCCUUUUCCCUUCAUUUUUGGUUUGUACUUGUUUUGGUAGUUGCUACUGUUUCUGGUUCUAUGUUGAUUAUUUUACUUGUGAUGCUUUGUAUAGAAAAUGCCUUUGUUCAUCGCUUGGAUGUUGCUGAACACAAAAAUGGAUUAGCCUUUAUUUGGGAGGCAUUUUCUGAAUGGCUACAAGGCUUCAACAACUUUCGUGUUGGCUUUCUCUUUAUGGCACUUCACGAUGUUCCCAUUUCAUUAGCUAAUUUUUUCUUAUUAAGUGCUUGUCGCUGCGGUGGACCACAAGUAAGAGAGAAAAAACAUCUUCCGGAAUUUAAAAUAAUAAACUUUAGUUUUUCCGGAAAAAGUUUAUAAAAAUAAUUGAUUUCCGGAACAUGUUUUUAAAGAAUUCUGAUUUUCCCAAACAUGUUUUUAAAAAAUUCUGAUGUUUCCGCAACAUGUUUUUAAUAAGUUUUCCCCUUCAAAAACAUGUUUAUUUCAUAUUCUGAUUAAUAAUUCUGAUGUUUUAUUUAAUAAAGGUGUUGCGAUGGCCAUUAUUCCUUUCUGUGUUUGGAACAACAUUAUCUCUAAUUUGGAGGCUUGUUCUCUUAUAUUUCGCUUACUCUCGCCUUUUAUUUCCUUCUAAACAUGCCAACAAUUCUGGUUUUCCUUCGCGUACUCAAUCAUUCAGAAAUCAAAUAUUAAACGAACAAAACAUUCAAACUUCUCUAGAAACAACAAAUAAUAACAACAACAUUUCUGACGAACAUUGCC